AAUUAGCGAGUUUCCUUCGCCCCGCGCAGUUUCCUUCUCCUUCGCGCGAUCAGCGAAAAUGGCGAUCGGAAUUUCGCCUCCAAAAUAGAAAGCUCCCGCCGAUGAUGCCCGCUUCCAAAAUCCAAAUUCCGCCUCCAAUUAGACGCUGCAAAUCUGCUCGUUUUAUACCGAUGGAGAUCGGCACUCGAACAGACGGCACACAACCUCUCUCGUUCUUGUCGUUCCAAUGGCGCAUCUACCUCAAGGCGAAGAAGAUCGCCGGCCUCCUCCUCUUGGCCUUCGUGGCCUUUCUCGGGUGGCCUUCCAACCAAGAUCGCCGACGCCAGGAGGACUUCCACCUCUUGGUCUUGCAGGACGAGGACCGCUGCCUUCCUUCUCCAUUGGUACGGCCUCCUUCGAGCGGGUGGCGGCGACUCCAUCAACCUUCCCACGGCGACGCGUCGGCCUACCCCGGCCAUCUCGCCCUCCGGCACCUAAUGAGGCCGGUUCGUCUAACUGGGGCACCUCCAUCGGCGGCGGGAGUGGCAGUGCCGGCAGCGCACGUUCUUCUUUCGUGGGUUUUAGUCUGGCUAAUGGUGGCGGCGGUAUCUCGUUUGGCGGCAGCGACUCCAUGGGCUUCAACCUCAACAGCGGCACUGGUGGCAUUGGUGGCAGCAGAACAGUUGGUGGACAUCUCCUUGGUGGACAGAAUGGCCAGCACGACAUAAUCUACUCAGAGAACACAACAGGUAUUGGUGGAAAUGAGAGUACCAUUGGCUACCGAGGGGUUGGAUACAAUCCAAAUUUUGCCCAUGCCAACGAAUACCCUCCUAGUCAAGAGCAUGUUGAAAAUCAAAAAGAACCAAUCGAUUUGAACAAGUCUACACGAACGCACUACAGUACAGAUGACAAGCGUCAAAUAUAUGCUGAGAUCCUUGCCCGUAAUGGUACUGGUAAUAGGUUGAAGCAUGGAGUUUCUAAAGCUGUCGCACUAGCUUGUGAAUGUCCUAGGAGAAUAGUGCAAAGGGUAUGGCAGGAGGCCAAAAAGGGUGGCGGCAUUACGGGGGUAAAAAACAAUCGGAAGCUCAAAUCGGGAAGGAAAAAGAUAAAUUUGAAUAUAGAUGCAUUGGAGGCCAUCCCACCCGGAGAGAGAACAACACUAGAACAAGUUGCUGGACAUUUGAAUAUGUCAACAAGCACUGUUUGGCGGAGGCUGAAGACGAAGGAAAUUCGACGAAUAACAAGUGAACUGAAGCCCGCCUUGACUGAUGCAAACCAAAGGGCUCGUGUGGAGUAUGCUCUUAUGCAUCUUGAGCGAUGUAGCAUAACAGCUCUAGGUGGUAUUAAUCCCACAUUUAGGGCUGAUAUGGACGUCGUUCAUAUUGAUGAAAAAUGGUUUCACCGAACGCGCAAGACACAGAACAUGUACUUGAGUCACAGAGAGGAAGCACCACAUCGAGAGUGUAAACAUAAAAAUCACAUUCAAAAAAUUAUGUUCUUGUCCGCAAUGGCUAGACCUCGGUAUGAUGCUCAAGGCAAUUGCGUAUUUGAUGGCAAGAUUGGGGUAUGGGCUUACACAGAGUGGGUGCAAGCUCAAAAGAAAAGUCACAAUAGGUUGAGGGGGGCAUGGGAGCUGAAGCCCGCAGAUAAAGUGGACAGAGAGAAAAGUAGAGAGUACUUAGUGAAAUAUGUCCUACCAGCUAUAAAGGCGAAGUGGCCUGAGAGUGAUAGAUGGAAUACCAUCUAUGUGCAGCAGGACAAUGCUAAGACACACAUAAAGCCAGAUGAUCCGAUUUUUUUGCAGGAGGCUGCUAGAGGUGGUUGGGAUAUUAGGAUGAUAUACCAACCACCUAAUUCUCCUGACACAAACAUUUUAGAUCUUGGAUGGUUUGCGUCAAUUCAAGCAAUGUUCCAUAAAAAGAUGCCGAAGACCCUACCCGAGAUUGUACAAAAGGUUAAUCAAUCCCUUGCUGAAUACCCCCAUCAAAAGCUUAAUAGGAUAUGGUUGACUCAUCAAGCGUGUAUGAGAGAGAUCAUCAAGAACAAGGGGUCUAUCCACUAUGCAGUUCCUCACUUGAAGAAAAAAGCACUAGAGAGACAAGGACGUCUCCCUGUUCGUUUGACAGUUGAUAGAGAGUAUGUUGAGCAGGCUAUUGAGCACUUGAAGUCAACAUGAUAUGUAAUGGCAGAUUUUCAUGUAUGGAUCAAGAAUAUCAUGUAUGGAUCAAGAUUGAUGUGUCCAUCUUUCCCAUUUGUUGUCAUUUGUAAUGGCAGAUUUUCAUGUAUGGAUCAAGAGUAGAUGCAUUGUCUGUUUAACCUUGCUUAGCAAAUAUCUACCUCUAGGAUUUUUCACCGUCACCAAUGAUUGAUCUGGAUCAAAACUUUAUUUGUAUAUUGAGAUUAGAUGGGUAAAACAUUCGUGUAUUACAGUAGUACCGAGUAUAUAUAAUUCAA